AUGCCGUCGAAGCUGUUGUCCGGGAACGGCAUCUCCAAGAAGUUCCCGCACACGACCUCACAGAGCAACUCCAAGCCAGUCUUCUUGUCUUGCUUCGCGUUUGUUUCUCGGGAAAUUUGGUUGAGACGACAAGAGAUUGAAGGCGCUGAAAUUUUCAAAAUUUCUAAAGACAAAGAAGUGAAGAAGAAGGUGAACCAGAACGCGAGCGAGGAGGACCUGAAGAAGGCGUACAAGAGGCUGGCGAUGAAAUGGUAUCCGGACAAGAACCCGGCAAGCAAGAGGGAGGCGGAGGCCAAGUUUAAGCAGAUCUUUGAGGCCUAUGACGUGCUCAGCGACCCUCAACGUCAGAUCUACGACGUCUACGGCGAGGAGGGGUCAAGUUUAACUGAAGAGUGA